UUACUACACAUGGUACAGGAAUGGAAAACAUCUAAAGUACACUGAUGAGGCUUCCAUAGUCUUAGACUCAGCUGGUGGCUCUGAGAGUCAGGGUAGUUACUGGUGUGAAGUCAGAGCUGCUGGCAACCGACUAACAUCCUCUGCAGUGUGUGUUUCGGGUCCAGAGUGCUGGGGUGUGACCUACAGCAGUGAGCCAAUCUGUGGCUUAAAGGGGUCAUCAGUGGUCAUGUCCUGCUAUUACAAAUACCCUGGGGGUCAUCAGUUCGAAGGAGGACACUGGUACAAAGAAAGCCCCUCCAGUGGAGAGCCAGAGCCCCUGAGUUUGGACCCUCGGUUCAGAGGCCGACUGGAGACCACCUCAUCUAACUGCAGCCUGACAAUAAAGGAUCUGAGAGACAGUGACUCAGGAGUGUAUUUGUACACUUUUAAAACAACCUCCUCAGAUUGGAUAAAAGCCAAAACAGGAAUCAGACUAUCGGUCACAGGUGAUUAUACAUGUUUCACAGAGUAAGGGUGUACAGCCAUGUUGUCAUGUUAUGACUGUAAGAAUGAAACCUGUGUUACAGGACAUAUUAUAUGUUCUACUCUCGCUGUAGACCUGCAGGUGACGGUAGAUCCAGAUACAGUGACAGGAUAUCGGAUAAAAGCGACAUGCAGCACCUCUUGCAGAGGGACCUCUCCGCUUUAUUACUACUGGUACAGAAAUGGUCAACUUCUACGGAAUGAACAUGGGCCUGACAUCGACAUUUACACUUCAUAUAAUUACUAUAAAGGAAAUUACUCUUGUACUAUAAAGGGCUUUGAAAAUCAUCGCUCUACAGCUGUGUGCAUCCUUGGUAAGGAGUGCUGGGAUGUGACCUAUUCCUCUGAGGCCAUCUGUGCUUUGAAGGGGUCCUCAGUGGACAUCAGCUGCAGUUACAAACACCCAGCAGGCCACACGCCCACAAGCCAAUUCUGGUUUUAUGAGCAACAAUCAAACACAGAGCCUGAGGACCUGAGUCUGGACCACACAUAUGAAAGGCGUGUGGAGUACACGAGGAAUAACAGUGACCACACACUGAGACUGAGAGAUCUGACUGAGGAAGACGCUAGGGAAUACUGCUUUAGGUUUGAGACGGAUAAAGGACAGAAAUUCAUCAGAAAACCUGGAGUCACGCUUUCAAUCACAAGCCUGCGAGUGCAUGUGACCCCAGCUGUAGUGACAGAGGGAGAGAGAGUGACACUAACCUGCAGCACCACCUGCAUUCUGAGUAACAACCCCACCUUCAUCUGGUACAAGAAUUCACAACCAGUGACUACCGUACACACCACCGACAACAAUCAUCUGUACCUGGAUCCAGUGAACAGUAGUGACUCAGGUCUCUACACCUGUGCAGUGAGAGGACAAAUGGGUUCUCCUUCUGCAGCUGUCACUCUCAGUGUCAGAUACCACCCAAGGAACACUUCAGUGUCUGUGAGUCCCUCUGGUGAAGUGGAAGAGGGCCAAUCAGUGGUUCUCUCCUGCAGAAGUCAAGCCAACCCACCGGCACACACUUACACUUGGUACAAGAUAAGGGGACCUGAAAGUGUUCUAAAAAUGGUGGCUGAGGAAUUGAACCUGACUUUGACCUCAAGUGACGAGGGGCUGUACCACUGCGAGGCACACAAUGAAAUUGGUUCUCAGAACUCAUCUGUUACUGAGGUCGACUUUGCAGGUACCUUGUUUUUUGGGGGGGGAAAUUAUCUUUCUUGUUUUGUGUUAGGUGUGGUCUGUGAUUCUGGUGAUAGGUUGUUGAUAUUUGAGGUCGACAGCGAAUCAAAUUACACCCUUCCCUUCCGUGCUCCUGAGAGCAGUGUGUUUAUUAGUUGGAAUAGAGUAUGGCUUGGUCCAUGACACUUUGUUUAUCCCCCGUUUACAAAGACAGCCAUUUUUUAAGCGCACACACAGAAUGGACCACU